AUGCCCGAACGACGUCUGGAACGUCAUGAGAAAGUGACGAACGCGGUCCUCUACGUGUCUUUCUCGGGUAUAGAUUCGAGCCAGCGCACACGAUACUUGCGCGCGGUUGGUACGGCGCGUGUGUUUGCAGUCGCGACGAGGGUCCUUGUGACCCAGUUAACCCUCCACAAUCCAGUGCUUUGCCCUAACGCAUCCACAGCGGAGGUGGGCCCUCGCGAUGAUAGUGCUGGCGUCCUGAUUACCCAGAACGAUGUGGAUGCAGUGGUGAACAAGGCUGUCGAUGCCCAGCUGGAAGCUGAGGCUGCCACUGAGCGUGCUGCACGGGAUGAGAGGACUGCAAGCGAGAUUCGACAGUCGAACCGCAAAAUGCUCGAACGGAUGAGGAACCUGAAACACCAGGUUCUUGGGCACGCGCAGACUGGAACUCAGCCGCUUCCGAUGUCCUUGGCGCGUCGAGCAAGAAGGGAGGGAAGGUCACCGUUUGAUCCUUUGCCUCCGGGGUCGGAAACAAUUUGUGAAGCGUGGCAGGACGGUACUCCUUCAGUCGCCCAUCGUAGAUUGUCGGGUGUAGGCGCAACGACGAAGGAUUAUCCAGCUUGUAGGCGUCGCUAA